AUGGACGACGCACUCGUGCAGGCCACCGAGCACCGGCCUGUGUCGCCCGUCCCCCAGGCCACCGGCGUCCCGGUCAUCGACCUGUCACCGCUAGCUGGCACGCCGCCAUCGCCGGGCACCGUGGAUGCGCUGGCGGCCGAGGUGGGCGCGGCGUGCCGGGACUGGGGCUUCUUCGUCGCCGUGGGCCACGGCGUGCCGGAGGCGACGGUGGCGCGGGCGGUGGAGGCCGGGCGUGCGUUCUUCGCGCUGCCGCCGGAGCGCAAGGCGGCCAUGCGGCGCACCGAGCAGGCGCCGCUCGGGUACUACGACGCCGAGCACACCAAGAACGUCCGGGACUGGAAGGAGGUGUUCGACAUCUUCCCGCACGAGCCGCCGCCGACGACGACGCAGGCCGACGACGAGCUGGUGUUCGUGAACAAGUGGCCGGACGACGGCGACCUGCCGGGGUUCCGAGCGGCACUGGAGGAGUACGCGGCGGCGAUGGAGGAGCUAGCCUUGAAGCUGCUGGAGCUGAUCGCUCGGAGCCUGCACUUGAGACCCAACCGGCUGCACGGCUUCUUCGGAGACGGUCAGACGACGUACAUGCGGAUGAACCGGUACCCUCCGUGCCCUCGGCCGGACCUCGCCCUCGGCCUCGGCCGCCACAAGGACAGCGGCGCCCUGACCAUCCUGCGCCAGGACGACGACGUCGGCGGGCUCGACGUGCGGAGGCGGCCCGACGGCGAGUGGGUGCGCGUGGAGCCUGUUCGUGGCUCGUUCGUCGUCAAUGUCGGCGACGUCGUUCAGGUGUGGAGCAAUGACAGGUACGAGAGCGUGGAGCACCGGGCGUCGGUGAACUCGGAGAAGGAGAGGUUCUCCAUCCCCUACUUCUUCAACCCGGCCAUGGGCACCCUGGUGGAGCCGCUGGAGGAGAUGGUGAGCGAGAAGAACCCGUCAAGGUACGACGCGUACAGUUGGGGCGAGUUCUUCAGAACCAGGAGGAGAAGCAACUUCAGGAAGCUGGAUGUCGACAACAUCCAGAUCGCGCAACUCAGGAAGGACAAAUAA